AUGAAAUGUGAAGUUAUCAGAAUAAGUUCUACUCCUGAUAAUACUAGUAGUACUACUGUGGAUAAUAUUGUUAUUUUUCUGUCAGACCAAACAAAAUAUCUCUCACAUUUCUCUUCUUUCUUUUCAAUAUUCUGUAACUGCAUUAAUUUUUCUUUCUUUUUUUUUAUUGACAAUUACCUAUCCAAACUUCAAAUUUACUCUCUUCCCUUUUUUCAUUUCAAUUUUCCUUCAUCUUCUUCUGAAUUCAAACUUUUUUCUUACCUCUUUCAUCUAAUUUUUAUUCCUCUUUUUCCUCUUUCUCGUUUCACAAUUUCUCUUUCUCUUUUCUCUUUCAUUUCUCUCUUUCUUCCCCUUUUUCUACCAUUUCCCUCUUUCAUUUUCCUUCACUUCCCACUAUUUCUUUCUUUCUUAUCUUUCACUCUCAAGUUUUUCUUCCUCCCUUUUCACUAUUCCAUUCUUUCUAUCAUUUCAUUCUUUCUUUUGCUCAUCGCAUUCCAUCAUUUUUUUUCUUAA